AAGGUCGCUUUGUGCCUAAUGAAUAGGUUCGGAUGUGUGACCUAGCGAGUAUACGUCUGUGUAUCCACGUAAUCCCAAUGGCUACUUCCUCUUGAUACUCUGGUCAGUCAUGUAUAAUGAUGUAUCACGUCUCAUCAAUUUAAUCAAUUCACUUUCCAAAUACUUUCCACAUCCGAUAUACCAAAUGUGCAUACCCUCAGAUUACCUCCGUAAUCGCAAAGCUGGUAGAGUAUUAUGUGAUGUAUGGAAUCACAAUAAAGUAUGUGUAGCUUUUCAGUUGAAGUGACAUCUCAGUGGUCAAAGUAUUCGACUCUCAGCACGUCCGAACACUUCGCCACCUUCGAUCUGUUCAACCAUGAAUGAUUCGUGGGAGCGCUCAUCUUGCUUGUACAUUAACUAUGAAACCCCAUAAACCUUUGAGAUAUUUCGUUGAACAUGUGCAUCUCAAAAAAGCCGUCACAAUGCCUGUCUUCAAUGUAGGGUCGUCCCGAAUAAUGUACGAAACGGAAGGACCAUUCUGUAUCACCUAAGGUUAUUUUCCUCAAAUUUUAAGAACGAAUGUUUGUUCUGUGAGAAUAUUGAAUUUCCAAAUCACGCCAGGCUAUAUUCCCCUCACAAAAAAAUAUUUACUAUCGAUUUUAGCUUAUCCUAUUAGUUUUUGGUGAUCUUGGUUACACUAAGCGAUCCUGUUUCGUCCUAUAGCCUUACCGUUGUCAACUUUCUUGAUAAAACAACCAAAAGCUGUUCUGUAUCUUACAGUGUAACAUCGACUUUUGUUGUAAUAAUCGGAGUGACAUUUAGCACUUAAAAAACAGCUUCCAGCCACUGAUACGGUUUUUGUGUUUUUGUGUUUUUAAAAUUUUAGUUUUUGGAAACUUCAACAUGGCUGAGCUUUUGGAAGGGUUUUCCAACUCAUUGAGCAAAGCUGAGCAAGCGAUUAAGAAUGACUGUCCUGACAAACUCCGAGAUGUAUUGAGAAACGAAGGGACUGCGUUUACAAGUGAUUUAGUAACAGAGGAAAGUCUUGUUAAUCAUCAAAUACGUGAGAACCUACUUCAUUUCGCUGUUCACCAAUCAGCCAGUCGGUGUAUUAAUCUGCUCUUAAAUCCACCUUUCUAUUGGAAUUCAGAAUCCACUAACUCUCUUGGUCAUACUCCAUUAGACUUAGCUAUGAGGCGACAUUACUUGCCUGUUGUUUAUCUCAUUGCAUCACAUUCAGAUUCUCCUUAUUCUUAUAAAAAACAUCCAUUCUCUGCCGAUCUUCUGUUGAUUGAGCCCUGUUCUGUUGAAUUGAUAUCAGAAGCAUUAAACAUUAACUAUGAUUCUCAAAAUUCUGAUUUAGCUUGGUUAUUCGAUUCAUGUAUGUAUGGCGAGGAUAAUAUCCAAUGUACAGCUGAAAAUAUCAUCUUAUUAUUUGAACUUCUACUGUCAGGACCUGUUUGCCCACUUAAUACUGUUCUUUGGUUAGCUCUUGGGCGGGUUUCCCUAGUGAAUUCUCAUAAUAUUUCUUGUGCAUCUUAUCCAAAUUGUUUGUUCAAUAACGACAGUUACAUUUGGAAUACUAGUUGGCAUGAUUUAUCUAUCGCCUGGGCGUCGCAUCGAUCACUCACGAGGAACCAGUUAGAUAAAUGUGAUCAGGAGCACGUUCUUUCUUACGGUCCUUUAAGUCUUAUGGAUUUUUGUCGAAUUACUAUCAGAAGACACGUUUUAACUGUCAUAGAUGUUCGUAGACAAGCCUACAAAAAAUCCCACGCAGUGAAGUAUUGUAAUUAUGCUAGCCUUAUUAAAAAGUUGCCUAUUCCAGCAAAACUACGUGCUUUCUUGUCCUAUUGUGAUUUAUGGCCGAAUUUGGAUAGAUCUCAAGUCAAGGUCGUUAAAGCAAACCGAUUUCAUCGCAAUGAAAUAACAGAUACUAUGAUUAACAAUAUUUUUUAUGAAAAUAGAUAGUUGUAAAAAUUCUAUUAAUUAUCCUGUGUUUUUAUGCUUCAUAUCAGUCAUAAUUGUAACCACAAAUAUCAUUUUGUUUUUAAUUUGUUUGUCCCAGAUCAAAAAAUUUUCUGACUUUUUCUGUUCUUCACCGCUGUAUUUUUCUAAUAUUGAUUAAUAAACUUACUUUUCUC